AUGCAUCAUAGUCUUCAGAGGCACGGGUCUGUUGCACCAUGCGACCGUGAGGGUGGCGGAAGGAAUACGGCAGAACCUUCAAGCGCUGGAUGUGCCCUCUUUGCGAUAAAGGUUGGGCCCCACGAGGCCACUCAGUAUAGCACCAUAGAUGCAGCACGGUGCUGUCACCGGAGGUAUGCUGAGACUAGUUGCAAGGUGGAUGUUCAGAGCACAUUCUCUGCACAGGCUGGGAUUAUUCCUCUAGCCAUAAAAGGCAAUCACCAUAAAAGCAGUCUGCGCAUGAAGGAUUUCAUUUCGUGGUGGCCGUUGUCAGAAAAAGCACAGAUAUCCUUGGACGCCAGGAAUGUGAAGGGACUCUUGGUCCUUACUGCUCUACGCGAAGGUGCACAGGGCAAGUGUAUUCGUGGUGAAAAUCCUAGCCCGCUCGGAUUGUCCUCCCAUCUCGUUAGUGAGCAGUCCGCGGACGCUAUGGCUUUGAUCCUCACUUUGAAGCAAGACUACCUCACCAUCCUCUUUUGCAACUCAGGUGUAUCGGCAAGCUCCGUUUCGCUCAACAAGUGA